GUCGAGAUCGGACGGCGUUGGCGGUCUCCGCAGCAACGCCGCAGUGACGCCAGUCCCGGCACAAACGGCGAGUGGGCGUGGCUACGUGCGCUCUCCGCCCCUACUCCCCCGCUCAGCGUGGGCGGCCCCGUGUGGCUGGAAGAACGAAACACGACACCCCGAUAGAAGAAGAGGAGGAGGAGGGAGGGGGCAGACGGGAGAGAGAGUUGCACGGAGUGAGUGGAAAAAGAAAAAGUCCGUGGAAAGAGAGGGAGAAAAGUGGAUCGGGCAUUUCUGCCUUCUCGUUUGUUUUGAUUUUGUCGGCUUCGCCUCGUGUUUCAACGUGAAGGCUUGAAUAUGCAACUUCGAAGCGUAUAUGAAGUAAUCAGGAGUUCAGCGCGGACACGGACCUCCUCCAUCGGCACGACGCGCUCCGAUAUCUGACCGUAAAAGAGCGAGUGUGUCCGGCCACAAGGCAACAACGUCCUCCACGUUGGGGAGGAAAAACAAAACACGAAAACUCCAAACAAACCGGGGGAGGACGAGUGAAGGGGCUGGAUUUGAGGAGGAAAAGUUUACAGAGGAGUUUUGUGUGCGAUCCUGAGCUCACCGAGAGGAAGAAGUUCAUUUCAUCUCUCUCUCUCUCUUCUCUUUCUCACUCACUCUCUUUCUCAGUUAGCACGACUGCUAACGAAGCGGCUAUACUCUCCAACAUGAAGACCCCGGGCGAUACGGGGUUUGCCUUCCCAGACUGGGCCUACAAGCCGGAGUCGAGUCCUGGUUCCAGACAGAUCCAGUUGUGGCACUUCAUCCUGGAGCUGCUGCGGAAGGAGGAGUACCAUGAUGUCAUCGCCUGGCAGGGGGACUACGGCGAGUUCGUCAUCAAAGAUCCGGACGAGGUGGCACGACUAUGGGGUGCCCGCAAGUGCAAGCCCCAGAUGAAUUAUGACAAGCUCAGCCGGGCGCUCAGAUACUACUACAACAAAAGGAUCUUGCACAAGACCAAAGGGAAAAGAUUCACCUACAAGUUCAACUUCAACAAGCUGGUGCUGGUCAACUAUCCGUUCAUUGACAUGGGCUCAGCAGGUUCUGGUGUUCCACAAAGUGCUCCACCUGUCCCAUCUGGCGUUAGCACCCACUUCCGCUUCCCUCCAUCCACGCCCUCGGACGUCCUCUCUCCUAGCGAGGAACUGCGCAGUCCAGGUGUCUUCAGUGCUGUGCCUCGACGCAUAGCUCGUGGCUCUGUCUCCGACUGCAGUGAUGGCACCUCCACCAACUCGGAGCUUGAAGAAACUGGCAUAGCUCCUGGCGAUGACCGCCCGGCCGACCGUGCCUUCAGAAACCUGCUCCAUCCACGCUUGUCCCACGACUCCUUGUUCCGUGUCUACGGAGCACCGCCCAACCCAACUGGGCUAUCCAGGAGCGGGCCCCAUGUGCCCCCACACAGGGUCCACCCUGAACCCUUGUCCCCAUUCCCAGUGUCCCCUCUCCCAGGCCCUGGAGGCUUGCUGGCUCCUGCUCUUUCACCAGCUCUCUCGAUGACCCCUACAUCUCACAUGCCCUACACACCUUCUCCAUCCCUGUCACCUAUGCUGGGCUCCCACUUCUCGUUCAAUCCUGAAGACAUGAAGCGCUAUCUGCAAGCUCACACUCAGAGUGUCUACAACUAUCAUCUGAGCCCCCGUGCUUUCUUGCACUACCCCAACAUUGUCAUCCCCCAGCCCCAGCGCCCAGACAAGGGACUGGGAGGGCCAGUGGGUGUAGGUCCACACCUGUCAAGUCACCCUCUGCACCACCAGGCUGAGGAGCCUCAUCUAUCUCCUUUCAAGUUUAAGUUACAACCACCACCACUGGGCCGCAAACAGAGAGAAGGGCCAACUGCAAACUCUGGAAGUGCUGCUGCUUCUUUCUCAUACAGUGGGGAGUCUGGUUCAUCCUCAAACUCUGCCUCAUCUGGAAUGAUGACCAACAACUCAACCCCAGCUGGUCCACCAAAGAUCAAGGUCGAACCCAUCUCAGAUAUGGAGUCAGAGGAAGAAGUUGAGGUCACCGACAUCAGUGAGGAAGAGCAUGAAGAUGACGAAUGUGAUGUCUUUUCACCUCCCCACCCCAAUGGUGGCCCUGCACUUCCACCUAACCACGAUCGUAUGACAGAUGAUGAUGAUCUUGAGGAAGAUGUCUUCAAGACCCCAGCUGCCCCUACCUCAGGGGUUGGGCUGAAUCUUUUAGGUCUAAAAGCAGAACCCAGGGAGCUAAACCUGGGCCAGGGCGCUCCCGUCAGCCCUGGGGGUACACGCUGCAUCCCCCUGAAGCUGCGUUUUAAACGCCGCUGGAGUGAGGAUCAGCGGAUGGAGGCGGGAACCGAAGAGGCUGAGGACAAGAAGAGCAGGGCAGAGAAGGAGGAGCUUAACCAGGAGGUGGAGCCCAAACUGGGGGAGGAAAACGGAGACCGGAAGAGUCCGGAGACUUUGGUUGCACCCCUGGGGACAGGCCAGAGGAGGGUGAGCUCUGAGCUGCAGCGAGCAACUGCACAGCUGUCUUUAGAAAACAACGUUUGUUGAAGAGGACGUGGUCAAACACAUAAACUUGGCAAAACAAAGCUGUCCUCCUUACAGGCUGAAGGCAACUGUUGCUCACGCAAGUUAUGUGAAGACCAUCUAUUCAGCAAGUUCAGAUGCCCAAACCAUCUUUUAAAUUUCUGUACACACAGGUUCACUCACUUCAAAAAUGUUGCAACACUAAAAAAAUAUUACUGACAUCUUUUUUUGCAGUUUAAUUAACCAGGCCCUUUCCAAGUUUAGCCAGAGCCCCUUGCUUUCUGAACCCAUUCCUUUCUGUUUGCUGUGUUAGACAAACACCAUCCCACUAGUCUCAUUGAAGCCUUGGACAGGAUCUACUCAAGUCUAGGAUCAGCUCAAUACCUUUUAAAACAAAAUCAAGAGAUUACAGAAGUGCCUAAACCGGAUGUUGAUGCACCCCUGUAAAAUAUGGGUAGAGAUGAAUAAUUAGAUGGUGAUUAAUGAGUCUCUUUUUUUUGUCUUGUCAUUCAUGCCUAUGGAAUUUAGGGUCACGGGCCAGUGGACAUUUUUUCUAUUAAACAUACACUCUUGGAUGAAAUGCAGGAAAGAUGCUGCCCCCCAAACUCAAUCACUGUUCUCAUAAUUUGCGGAUAUGGACGCUUUUUCUUUUCUUUUCUUUUUUCGCGUACCAAGAUUCAAGUCCCAGAUGUUUUGCGGAACCAACUUGCCUUUCGCUCUCAAACCAGGACCUUCAUGUCACUGCCUUCAGAGCCAUAAAUGCUAGUGUACUACCAGCCUUCACUACCAAUUCUGGACACUUUCCUAGCUGUUCAGCGAGCUCAGCCGACUAACGGGACCACUCAACAACCUCUUAAAGUAAUCUUAACACGUGUAUAUACAUUGGGGAAUUCAUUUUAUAUAUGUGUUAGUACAUCUUCAUGACCACCAGCUGGAUGACAAUUUAUAGAUCACAUAUGAUUAUUCCUUCUCCAACUUAUUUAUUUAUUUUUUCUAUAAUACAGUUUUAAGCCUGAGGGAACGUAAUAGGAAUGCUGGGGCAACAUAUCAGAGGGCGCUUUAUGGUUUUAGCUUCGUAAUCAUCCCUAAAACCAUUUAUACAAUGCUCCACGCCCUUCUGUUUUGUAAAGAACACAAACCUUCUUGGUUUGUUAGGCGUAAAUCUCAGGCAUACCUCCCCACAUCCAGUUCCUCUAUCCAAAAGGUUGUCUUUGAAUAUAAAGCCUUCAAAUGAACAAACAUUUGUGCCUUUUUCAUGGAAGACUGACCGCCCAAUGCUUUUAAAUGGGUUGUUUUAUCGACACGUACAAGCUCACAUACAGAAGAGGCCUUAGAAACAUGACCUCAAACACUGCUUUUAUGCCUUAUUUAGUUUUUUACCUUAAAAGAAACUAUCCUAAAUAAGAUUUGCAUUUAGAGACCAUAUAUUCUCACUUUAUUGCUCGAUAGUCAUAUAUAUAUUUGAUAAAAGAACAAACGCUGGUUUUGAUACAAAUUAUAUUUCAGAAGGUAAAUCUAUAUGGAAAAUCUAUGUAAGGAAGAUGUUUAGUUUCAGGGCCCUACAGUGCUUUACUGUGAAAGAAAAGUGUUGUUCUAUCUAGACAAAGCUAAACAUAACUGACCAAUCGUUAAGAACCCUGAACGGCACAGUUGUCCUUGGCCUUAUAAGGUAUACGUAUAGUUUUAAAUCCACCCGUCGCAUUUGCGUUCCCCCUCUCAGUCUCUCUGCAGUGUUUUAGUUGUAGGAGGCUGUGUUUUAUCCACGAUGAUCAAGAUUGAACAGGUAUCGCAUCCUAUUUGGCUUAGCGUUUGGCUGCGGCCAGCUCCAUUUGUAGCAAAAUGCAGGGACUUUGUAGUAAAAGACGUCACGACCAUAUCCUUGAGAAAGGGACCUCAAUUCUGCGAACUGACAAAUAGAAAGUGGACAUGCAGCCUCUUAGCCCUCAUCUACGGAGGAAGUAUAGGACCUGACACACUUAACACUCAUUUUUUUUUUUCCUCAUUUUUUUUUUUUUUUUUAAAUACUUUUUUUGGAGUUUGUUUGGCGGCCUUACACCGGUUCAGUGUCUGUAUUUCAACUGACUGCUGCCUUAUUUGUUAGAAAAUACUUUUUCUUCUCGCUCUCUUCAAUAUAAACAGUGCUGUUUUAUUAUACCUUUUUUGUUUAUAUUACCAUUUAUCAUUUUUAAUGUUGAUAUUAUUGCUGGUAUUUCGUUUGUACCCCUUACCUGAAUUUUAACCUCUCAAGAUGAACAUUUUAAUAAAUCGUACUCCUCUACCCUCUUUGAUACCUUGAUAUAAAAUUGCUCUGGCUUUGUAUUAAUGCUGGUUUUUAGUUGUAAUUAAGAAAACCAGUUGAAGUGGGAAGAGUGACAUAAUGCUAUCACAUUAUUUUUAUUUUAAUAUGUCUCUUUUUUUGGUUGUGUACAUAUAUAAAUAUAUAUUUUCCAUUUUGAGGGGAUGAUGUAAGAAAAAGACAAAUAUUUCUUUGUGUUCAAGGUCUUUUUUUGCUUCUUUCUUAAAGCUUUCCAUCUGUCUCUCAACGGUUAUGUAAUACUUUGUAAAGAGAGACGAAACUUGACGUUACAAGGAACCAUGUAUACUUUAGUUUCUCAUGUGGUUUCUUUUGCUCUUGUAAUUAAAAGUGUAAUCAGGGUUCAUUAAAACAGGUAAAAAAGGA